AUGCAGUUCCCGCACCCGGGGCCCGGGGCGCCGCUGUACGCGCCCACGCCGCUGCUGCAGCCCGCGCACCCCACGCCCUUCUACAUCGACGACAUCCUGGGCCGCGGGCCCACGGCCCCCACGCCGACCCCCACGCUGCCGUCCCCUAACUCCUCCUUCACCAGCCUCGUGUCCUCCUACCGGACCCCAGUGUACGAGCCCACGCCGAUCCACCCUGCCUUCUCGCACCACCCGGCCGCCGCGCUGGCCGCCGCCGCCUCCGCCUACGGCCCCGGCGGCUUCGGAGGCCCGCUGUACCCCUUCCCGCGGACGAUGAACGACUACACGCACGCCUUGCUCCGCCACGACCCCCUGGGGAAACCCUUGCUGUGGAGCCCCUUCUUGCAGCGGCCUUUGCAUAAAAGGAAAGGUGGUCAAGUGAGAUUCUCCAACGACCAGACCAUCGAGCUAGAGAAGAAAUUUGAGACCCAGAAAUACCUCUCCCCUCCAGAGCGGAAGCGACUGGCCAAGAUGUUGCAGCUCAGUGAGAGACAGGUCAAAACCUGGUUUCAGAAUCGACGCGCUAAAUGGAGAAGACUAAAACAGGAGAACCCUCAAAGCAACAAAAAGGAUGAACUGGAAAGUUUGGACAAUCCCUGUGACCAGGGGCAAGACUUGCCCAGUGAACAGAACCAAGGUGCCUCUUUGGAUAGUUCUCAGUGUUCGCACUCCCCAGCCUCUCAGGAAGACCUGGACUCUGAGAUUUCAGAGGAUUCUGACCAGGAAGUGGACAUCGAGGGUGAUAAAGGUUACUUUAAUGCUGGGUGAUGGCCACUGAUCAGCGUGCUUAGAAACCUGGACUUGAAUCUUCACCAAAAACCCGGAGCUGUGUGACAAAUAGAAAUCCAUUUUCUGGUGUUCAGGAAACCCAAGUAUUUGGUGCCAACCUAUAUAGGAAACUUAAUUUUGACUUAAUAAGUGGUGUAUAUACUGAUUUUAAGUUGUGAUAAUGUGUCUAAAUUCAGCCCCAUUUAAAAAGUAAAUUGUUUUUAUUUAUGGAAAGUAAUUUUGAAUUUUUGUUUAAAGCUGUGUAACUUCAAAAGGUUUUAAUAGGCUUGAGUAACUUUUCCAUAAUCUAUAUGUACACUCUGCUUAAUGGAUAAGCGAAAGAACACCCCAAAUCCAGAGAGGUGCUUGGGAGGGGCCCAUCAUGACCUAGCCUUGGAAUAACUCAAAAGGAAAAUUCUUAAUGACUUUAUAUUACAUUAUUCUUACACUGCUGCCUUGAAUCCAAGACCAUUUCAGAGUCGUAGUCUUGGGGAUGUGUGUUCUUUUUGUAAGAGGUAGUUGGUAAGACUUUUAAGUGCUUGUUUUGCACUAUUACUUAGUUCUUCUGACCAAGGUGUUAGGGAGUGGUACAGUCCUACAGGCAGGAAAACUGACUGGUCUGUGACUAAAAUUAAUGUCACCUGAGCUAGAAGUACCCCGAUAAUUAAGUGGAAGUAGAUUGUAGAUACCUGGUUUUAUAUUAAACAAUGUCU